AUGACAGGAAGGAGACACACCCCGCGCCUGCGGGACGUCUUCCGAGAUGCCUCCGGAGGGACCGAUACAGACAGCAACAACAACAGCAGCAACAACAACGAAGAAUCAAAUCAACCCUCCCAAUCAUCCCAAUACCUCUCCCUCCCCAGCUCCCCAACCUCCUUCCGCCGGCCCCGCAUCAUGUCCCGUCGACCGUCCAACUCGGAGGGCGUGCCGGACGAGCGCACCUCCCUGCUCGGCGCGAACCGGACGUCGCGGAUAAGGAUCGCGAGUGCGCAUGGGUCACCUAGGGUGCCGCAUCUGUCUAGGAACCAGAGCUACGCCGACAGUGUCAAAUCCCACCGCCACCACUCCCGCGCCAACUCGUGGGGCUCCCGCCUCAUCCAAGCCCUAGGCGACAGGCAAGAAUCCUACGGCGGCAUCGCCGACUCCAAAUCCUCCCUCUAUCCCGACGACCGCGUCUGGUACGAUCAAUUCACCUCGACCGACUGGGUCCACGACUCCAUCGCCGACGCCUACCGCGUCAAGGCCCUCAGGCAGAGAAAAGAUUUCUGGGGGAGGGUUUAUGUUCUUUUUGACGGGGCUCAAGGUUGGAUCCUGAGCGCCUUGGUCGGGUUCAUCGUUGCGGUGCUGGCUUACGCGGUGAACGUGAGCGAGGCGACGGUGUUUGACUUCAAGGAUGGGUAUUGCCAAAAGGGGUGGUUGAUCAACGAAAAGAGGUGCUGCCCUCACGGGCCUUGCGUUGACUGGAGGGAUUGGGGCGAGGUGUUGAAUGGGUGGCCGUUUGGCAAGGAUUGGACCGAGUGGUUUGUUUACAUUGUCAUGGUGAUCGCUUUGGCGGUGGCGUCUUGUCUGAUGACGCUGACGACCAAGACGGUCGUGCCUUCGGCGUAUCGGCUCACGACGCUGGAUGAGAACCUGGCGGCGGAGAAUGCUGCGCACAUGGGGGAUCACGAUAAUGACGAUGGUGCUAACAUCAGCCCGCGCCACUCGUGUGUCGAUGGGCAGGGGUCAUCGUCUGCGGAGAGCGCGCCCAUGAUUUACUACUCCGCCGCCGGGAGUGGUGUCGCCGAGGUGAGGGUCAUCCUCAGCGGUUUUGUUCUUCACGGCUUCUUGGGUCUCAAGACGUUGCUGAUCAAGAGCUUGGGGUUGAUCCUCAGUGUGGCGUCUGGUUUGUCGCUUGGCAAAGAAGGGCCGUAUGUGCAUAUCGCGACCUGUGUCGGGAAUAUCGCUUGCAGAUUGUUUAGCAAGUAUGACCGGAACGACGCCAAGAGGAGGGAGGUCCUUUCUGCUGCCGCGGCGGCCGGUGUGGCGGUCGCUUUUGGCGCGCCGCUGGGGGGCGUGCUGUUUGGGCUGGAGGAGGUUGCGUAUUUCUUUCCCGCCAAGACGCUGUUUAGGACGUUUUUCUGCUGCAUCACGGCGGCGUUGACGCUCAAGUUUCUGAACCCCUACGGCACGCACAAGAUUGUCAUGUUUCAGGUGAGGUAUCUGGUGGAUUGGGAGUAUUUCGAGAUUGGGAGCUUCAUCCUGGUGGGGGUUUUGGGAGGAGCGGCGGGAGCGUUGUUCAUCAAGGCUUCGAGGCGCUGGGCCAAGACGUUCAGGCGGAUUCCCGUCAUCAAGUCGUACCCGCUGCUGGAGGUGGUGCUGGUGGCUUUUGUGACGGGGUUGAUUGGGUACUGGAACGUGUUUACAAAGUUGCCGGUGGCGAAGUUGCUGUACAACCUGGCGGCGCCGUGCGAUGACCGGGAUAACAACCUGGAGGAUCUGGGGUUGUGUCCGGAGAGGGCGGAGGACAUCCCGCCCGUGUUGAGGGAUUUGCUGACGGCUUUUUUGAUCAAGGGGUUCUUGACCAUCAUCACGUUUGGUAUCAAGGUGCCGGCGGGGAUUUAUGUGCCGUCCAUGGUGGUGGGGGGGUUGAUGGGGAGGACGAUUGGGCACGUGGUGCAGUGGUGGGUGAUGGCGACGAGGGAGUGGCCGGUUUGGGGGACUUGUUCGGCGACGAGCGCGACGUGUAUCCAGCCUGGGGUGUAUGGGUUGAUUGCGGCCGGGUCGACCAUGUGUGGGGUGACGAGGCUGUCGGUCACGCUGGCGGUCAUUCUCUUUGAGCUGACGGGGAGUUUGGACUAUGUCUUGCCGUUUUCGCUGGCGAUUCUGGUGGCCAAGUGGGUGGCUGACGCGAUUGAGCCGCUGAGCAUUUACGACUUGCUGACCGAGAUGAACUCUUAUCCCUUCCUCAACAACAAGCACAAGCCGGUCUUCACGUCGGAGCUGGCGGACAUUGUGCCGAGGGUGAGGAAGGAGAGGAUUAUUGACAUCAGCACCAGCCCUGUGGUGCCGGCGAUGAGCCUGAGGACGAAGCUGGAGCUGCUGCACCGGGCGGGCGAGCUGGACGGGGGGUUGCCGAUCGUCAGGCACGGCAUCCUGGUGGGGUUGAUUCCGGCGCCGGAUUUGGAGUACGCGCUGGAUAAUCUGCAGGAUGAGGGAUCGAGCCUGUGCCUGAUGGCGAGCGUGCCGACGAUUGACGACUCGGAUGAUGGGAUGCCAGAUCCGACGGAUUUCACGCCGUACAUUGACCCUGCGCCGGUGGCACUGGACAUUAGGUCGCCGAUGGACUUGGUGUAUGAGUGUUUUGUCAAGUUGGGGUUGAGGUAUAUUUGCAUACUGAGUGAUGGGAAGUAUGCGGGGAUGACUCACAAGAAGACCUUUGUCAAGUACAUGAGGGAGUUGGAGGAGAAGGAGGGACAUAUGUAAUUUUUUUUCCUUGAGGCCGAUUACCUUGAUAGUCUUGUUGAAAGUACCUGUUGUUACACUGGGGAAAGUGUGUACGAUGGUGGUGGUCGGGUGCGUGUGCUACUGCAUUUGAAUUAAAUAUGGAGGGGUUAGCAUGGCGUUGUUUUCUUUUUAUGGGUUUUAUUCUUUUCGUUGAGAUUGUUGAUGUAAUUAGUUUGUGUGCUGUUGAGGUUGGUGUGUGAGGAUGAGUUGCUGAGAUUGAGACUGAGAUGAGAUGAGAGGAUAGAAUGAGAAAUGAAGAUGAGAUUGAUGUUUGAAUGUGUCUUACUUGGAAAGAGCAUGGGGUUACGCACAGCUGGUAAUGAU